ACCACAUAUAAGGAUUUUGCUCUAAUGUAACAAACCCAAACUUCAUUAGACACUAAUCUGAUCUCCACCUAAGGAUUUAUUUACCAUUGUACCAUGCAGUCAGCCGGUUUCCUCCUGUUGUGCAUUUCAUUCAGCAUUCUACUCUAUGAGUCCAGUAAUGCCCCUACAGAUAAUAAGGAGCAAUCAAACACUGCAAGAAGUUGCAAGGAGCUUCUGAAGAAACAAGGAAAGAAAAAAGACGGUUUGUACCACUUGCUUUCAAAAAAGGGUGAUAUUUACCAAACCUAUUGUGACAUGACCACCGAUGGAGGGGGAUGGACACUGGUGGCCAGUGUGCAUGAGAACAACAUAAAUGGGAAAUGCUCUGUAGGUGAUCGCUGGACAAGUCAACAAGGGAAUGAUCCAAAAUGUCCUGCGGGAGAUGAGGCAUGGUCUAAUAAAGUCGUAUUUGGAACGCCAGAAGCUGCAACAAAUGAUGACUACAAGAACCCUGGAUAUUUUAACAUCAAAGCUCAAGAUAUUGCUGUGUGGCACGUUACCAAUAAUCAUGAACUUGAGUUCUGGAAAGUUGCUUCUAUUUUACGCUACCACACUAACACCCACUUUCUGACACUUUUUAAAGGAAACCUUUACAACUUCUUCAAGAAACAUGCUUUAAAAUAUGGCGCAGGGGAAUGCAGUACUGAUCGAGGAAUUUCUGUUCCUAUUAUUUAUGACAUUGGCAACGAGCAGAGGACUAAUGAAUUAUAUGGAGAACGUGUUAGAGGGGAUUUUGACCCUGGAUAUGUAACAUUCAGAGUUUUCAACAAUUACAAAGAAUCCUUCGCAAUGUGUUCUGGGGUCAGGCCUAAAGGAUGUUUUGCACAAUAUUAUUGCAUUGGUGGUGGUGGCUACUUUCCAAACAAUUAUUGUAGCGAUUUCUCCUAUCUUGGUGCAAACGCCGGUGCAACAAAUGGAUACGGUGCAUCUAAAGAGCUCAUACAAGCAGCUGUGCUUAUUUUCUACCGUUAAAAUAGGAGACAUUGUCAUGUACCAAGUGUGUUUUUUAUUGCACUUAAUAUUUGCAGACAGACACGCACAAUCACAUUAAAAUAAAUGCUGCAUUUGCUAAUCUGAACUCUACAUCCCAAUGUUACUGCAGGUCUACAGCACGUUAUCAUUGCAUUGGUCAUGUCUUACUUUAUUGCUAACAAAUAAAUAAAUAAAUCUUUUUAAAAAUA